AUGUCUACGCCAGUCAAUGCAGAGAUCAUCAUCCCCCCACCCACCGCGGUGCCCACCGACGAAGACCCAGAUGGCGUCACAUCAGGCGCCGUCCAGCCACCUGGGUCGACGGGCGACGUGCCUUUGACAAGAACGCACACGCGGGAGUCUGGCUCGGAGGGGGCUUACACGGAAUACGACGCGGACGACCAACAAUCUUACGACGAGCAAGCCGAGGAAGACCGGCUCAUCAAGAACGGGGGCAAUGGCAUACCAAUCGGUCCAGAUGGCAAACCUCGGCCUCUGCUCCCGCCGAUCGCCCCUGAGCAUGUAGGUAAGAAGUGUCUCGUCCUCGACCUGGACGAAACCCUGGUCCACAGCAGCUUUAAGCCGGUACCCCAAGUGGACUUUGUGGUUCCUGUCGAAAUAGAGGCCCACUGGCACCACUUCCACGUACUCAAGCGACCAGGCGUGGACAACUUCCUCAAGAGAAUGGGGGAGCUGUACGAGGUCGUUGUCUUUACGGCGAGUCUCAGCAAGUACGCGGAUCCGGUACUUGACAAGCUGGACGUGCAUCAUGCCGUCGCGCACAGGCUGUUCCGCGAGAGCUGCUACAGCCAUAGAGGCAACUACGUUAAGGACCUCUCCCAACUGGGCCGUCCCGUCGCCGACACCAUCAUCCUCGACAACUCGCCCGCCUCGUACAUCUUCCACCCCAACAACGCCGUCCCCGUCUCCUCAUGGUUCAAUGACCCUCAUGACGCCGAGCUCACCGAUCUCAUCCCCUUCCUGGCCGAUUUGACGGCUGUGGACGAUGUGAGGGGCGUGCUGAGCUUCGAUCGAUGA